CACUAUCCAACACUGAACGUCUGAAGAUUUGCCAGCGCAAAGGAAACGCAAAGGAAAAAAAAUCAUUCAUUCAUUUAAUUAGAAAUUUGUAGUAAAUAUUAUAUUUAGUGAUUAACUUUUUAGGCUUAAACAACGAAACCAAAAACAUGCAGCAUAUGGCCUUGGCUAGGCUAUGGUUGCUACUGCUCCUUCUCGUCCUGAUUGGCCAUAUAAGCGAUGGCUUCUAUGUACCCGGCGUGGCGCCGGUUGAAUUUGUACAGGAUCAAAAAAUCGAUGUCAAGGCCGUCAAAAUGACCAGCAGUCGAACACAAUUGCCAUAUCAAUAUUAUUCAUUGAAAUUUUGUUAUCCCAAGAAUGGGACCCUCAUCUUCAAAUCAGAAAACCUGGGUGAGGUUUUACGCGGUGAUCGCAUUGUCAAUACUCCCUACGAAUUGCGCAUGAAUCAGCAAGUGAAUUGCCGUCUCCUGUGUAAUAAGAAGGACCUUCCCCUCAAUUGGAGUAAGGAGGAUUCCGCUCUAGUGGCAGAGCGCAUUCAACAUGAAUACUUUGUUCAUUUGCUGGUGGAUAAUUUACCAGUGGCCACGCGCAUUGUUAAUAUCAAUAAUCCAUCUGAAGUGACCUAUGAGCACGGCUAUCGUUUGGGUCAAGUCGAUGGUGAUAACAUCUAUAUCAACAAUCACUUAAAAUUCAUUCUCUCCUAUCAUAUGCACUCCAAGGACAAAUAUCGUGUAGUCGGUUUCGAGGUAGAGACUGGCUCAGUGAAUCACAAGGAAUUAAAAUUCGAUGGGGAUACUUGCAAUUUUCCCGAUUCGGCGCGUCCGCAGCUAGUCAAUCCCAAUGGUGAAACACAGUUGUAUUUCACCUAUUCGGUGGAGUGGAAGGCUUCCAAAGUCAGUUGGGCCUCACGCUGGGACAUCUAUUUGGGCAUGCGAGAUGUACAGAUCCAUUGGUUCAGUAUUAUAAAUUCACUAGUUGUUGUCUUCUUCCUGUCUGGCAUUUUGACCAUGAUCAUGAUCAGAACUCUGCGCCGAGACAUUGCUCGCUAUAACACCGAUGAUAAUAUCGAGGAUACUUUGGAGGAGACUGGCUGGAAACUAGUGCACGGUGAUGUAUUCAGACCACCAAAAAAUACUCGUCUCUUCUCGGCCAUCAUUGGCAGUGGCAUUCAAAUAUUCUUCAUGGCAUUGAUUACCAUAUUCUUUGCCAUGUUGGGCAUGCUUUCGCCCUCUUCCCGUGGUGCUCUCAUGACCUCGGGUAUAUUCAUGUAUGUCUUUAUGGGCGCCAUUGCGGGCUAUCAAGCGGCUCGUCUUUAUAAAACCAUGAAGGGUAGGGAAUGGAAAAGAGCAGCAUUCCUUACGGCCACGCUUUAUCCGGGCAUCGUGUUUGGAACCGGCUUCUUUUUAAACUUCUUCAUUUGGGAUAAAUCUUCGAGUGGCGCUGUGCCAUUUACAACUAUGAUCUCUUUGCUUCUGCUCUGGUUUGGCAUUUCUGUGCCACUGGUUUAUUUCGGUUUCUAUCUGGGCUAUCGCACCCAACCCUAUCAGCAUCCAGUGCGCACUAAUAUGAUUCCACGUCAAGUGCCAGCCCAGCAUUGGUAUAUGAAUGCUGUUCUAAGCACUCUGAUGGCUGGAAUUUUACCUUUUGGCGCCGUCUUUAUUGAGCUUUUCUUUGUUUUUACGGCCAUUUGGCAGAAUCAGUUUUAUUAUUUAUUUGGUUUUCUGUUUUUGGUGUUUUGCAUUUUGGUUGUAAGCUGUGCGCAGAUCUCUAUAGUUAUGACAUACUUUCAGCUAUGCGGCGAGGAUUAUCGUUGGUGGUGGCGCAGUUUUAUUGUAUCGGGCGGCUCAGCUGUCUAUGUACUCUUUUAUAGUAUAUUCUAUUUCUUUACCAAACUCGAAAUAACUGAAUUUAUACCCACUCUGCUUUAUUUGGGCUAUACAGGCCUCAUGGUGCUAACUUUCUGGCUAUUGACCGGGUCGAUUGGCUUCUUUGCUGCAUAUGUAUUUAUUUUGCGAAUCUAUGGAGCUGUUAAAAUUGACUAAGCCAAAAGUAAAAAAGAAUAAUAAUUUGAUUACUACCAUUAAGAAGGAAGCUUUCGCCCUUUGUUCUUUUCUCAUUAACCGGCUGCACACCAAACAUUAUUACUAUCCCUGCAAUAUCAUUCGAUCUUUAAGAAAUUUAUAUUUAUACAUGCAUAUAUAGUCAACUCAAAAAUGAAAAUAACCGAAAAAACCAAGCAAAAACAAACAAAAAACCAAGUGUGCUAUGUUUUAUAAUCCAAAAUUUAUAGUGAAAACCCCCAAAUCAGGCACUCUUAACUAAGACCAUUUGGCUCAAUUUCGCGAAAAAGAACCACUGCGUUUAGGAUACAUUCUAAAAAUGCCUAAUUUAUAUAUAUAAAUAUAUAGAUAUAUAUGUAAUACUAUGUAUGUAAAGAACACCCUAAUCUAAGUAAAACGAAACAAACAAUUUAAUAAACUUAAGUCUAAGUGUAA